ACGGCAGGUCUCCUGAGUCGUGUGAAGUCACUAACGAGGUAAAGGUUGACAACGUAGAAGCGUCCUUCAUUCAACCUCAGCCUGCCUCCGGUUGUACAGCAUUACAAAACAUCGCUUCUAGUAGCAGGGAUGUCCAUAUAGUGAAAUUGAGAUCAGCAGGGGAAUCUGACGAAGUGGUCAUUCAUCUCCAGCCACAAGGGGCACCUGAGACAAAUGCUCCCAGCAAACCAAUCAUAAUCAAGGAUUUAGUUUUAAUUCUGAAGUCGGACUCAGCAGUAAGAUGGAGGAUCGAUAGCUGGGGUUUGCAAGGAAUUGUUCAAGUUGUGGCUGAACACCAGGUGACUCCAGGGUCAGUUCCUGACUUUCAGUUUAUACAGGUCCGUGUACAGAGUCUUUCCAAUGACACAGAGGAGUUGGUUUCAGAAGUCAUUAAUGCAUUUGGAAAUGUAUCUACAAUCAUGGAGACCAACACAGCAAAUAGAAUUAACAUUAUGGUUGUAGGAGAAACUGUUGGUACUGACCAUUACAAUGUACAAAGUGAUGAUGGAUCACCUCAAGGUGGAUUCUCUGUUAGUCGAGGUCAGUCUCGGUUUCUUCGGCCUCAACAGUCAGACUUUAGCGCUACCGUUUCCUCCCAGAUAUCUCCUCUUCCAUGGGAUAAAUUGCGUAGAGGAAUGUCUGAAUUACCUCUUAACUUGAAAGGCUUUUCAAAGACGUCCAUGAGUACAAAAUCCAGGGAAACGUGGAACAGUAAGGAUAAGACAACAGUAACUAAUACAUUUCUGCAGAAAUGGCAAGGAAAUGCAGAUGCAAACCUUACUUUGGAAUUAGAGAGUCUGAUGACUUUAGAAUGUCAGAAAAAUAUGAUAAAAAUAACCUUUCCUAAGUCCUCCACUGAGGAUAUUGCCAUGAGGAUAAAUGGAGCAAACAUUCAUUGGUUGGAGGUGACAUUACAGGACCAGGAGUGUAAGGCUACAAGUAACAGCACUCACUUUAUUUUGAAUACAUCCCUUCAGAACUGUGGGUUUAAUGUAGUGUCAGAUGGUGGAAAGUACAUCUACAGGAAUCAGGUUUUAUUCUGGACACCUGUGGGACCAGAUACUCAUAAAAUUGAAAGUAUUGACUAUGAUGACUCUUUUGCUGAUGAUGAAGAUGCAAUUAGCCCAGAAGAAGGGUCAGGAAUGGAACACUAUCUUCGUCAAGCUUUGGCAGCUCAUCGUGGAGUUACACAUUCACGUCUUUUGUCUGGUCAAAGUUUCCAAUGUGCUUAUAAUUUUACUGGUGAUGGAAGCAGACCUAAAGUGGGAAAUCACGAUCAUGUAUAUCACAUGGAGCUCUUCAAGGAUUCAACCUUACAUAAGAUGCUACAGAAAAAGAAUGGUUUGGCAGAAGUCCUGGCUCGAGAUAAAGUUUAUGUUCGGACUUCAAUUGAUGCAGGUCCAAAUCUGUAUAUUGUAACUGAUGAAUGCUGGUUGUCUCUGACUGACAAUUCGCUUCUGGAUGUUGAUAACCGAGAAGUACUGAUUCAACACAGUUGUCCUAAACAUUUGAGUGUUGGUCUACUGAACAUGGGGCCAUCCGGUGGUCAAGAAACUUCUAGAGAGCCAACUCACCAGCAGGGGUUUUUCUUUCAGUUAACUGAAAAGUGGAUAUCUAAGAAAGUUUACCUUCAUUGUCGCCUUGCCGCAUGUUCUGAAAAAAUAAAUAUUCCAAUUUCUGGUGUCAAACAGUGCAUCAACCCGAACGAUUAUUGUGUGGGUAACAGUAUCAAGCAGUAUUUGGUAAGUCGAGCAGGAAAACACUUCAGUAUAGAAGUUGCAGGACCAUUACUUGUUUUACCACCACGAAGAAGUCACAGCUUUAAAGGGGGAGAUUCAAAAAUCGUACCAUCUUUACCAGAUGAUUCUGCUCAAGUUGAAGUUGAUGCAGAUUUAUGUGUAAAACAGAAAUUAAUAGGGCUAUCAACAGGUGCAGUUGUGGGAAUUGCAUUUGCUUCCUUCAUUAUUGGAGCUGGUUUAAUGGCCAUUCUGUGGUUUAUACAUUUGUGUACAGAUCCAUCUCGAAGGACAAGAGCUCAGCAGCAAGGUGGUGUUCACCAUCAUCAUCGUCACCACCAUUCUGGCUAUGACUUAUCAGGACAUAGUGGAAGCUCAACUCCCAGCUCACAGGCUCCUAUGACAGUCCAGGUUUGCUCGUGACUUCUGUACUGAAGCUAUCGUUUUGCUCAGCAGAAGUUCCUGCCCUUUUCAAGUACCUGAGUACAGUUACAUUGUUUGUUUGUUUUUGAGUCCUUGUGGGUAUGUGUGUGUG